AAGACUUUCAGAAAAAAAACCGGAUAAUUUGCACAAAGACCGAUAACGCAGCAUUGAACUUGACAUUGACCACACGACGCAGACUUAGUGCGAGAGCCUACCUCGCUGACCGCCAAUACAUGGUCACCACACCCAGACAUGCACACACAUCACAUGCACAUGCACGCCUCAGUGCACGUCCACACGAUGCAACGAUUGCACGCUCUAAAAGAUUUAUAGAUAAAUGCAGUUCCCGGUGAAAAUAGAUAAAUGCCAGUGCUCAUGUGUUUUCUGUGCAUUUCAAUAGACGCAAGCGCACACGCUGGACAUCGGUCCAGAGCUGAGAUAGGGCACCGGUUUCAAUCAAAAUGGAGUGCCGCGGGACUAUAGUCCUGUUUUUGAGUGUUAUUGCCGUGGCCUCGGCUGAUUUCGGAGCGGGGAUGAAGCUGCUCGGAAGGAUGUAUGACACCUGUGAGAAAUCCCAGGAGAUCGUCAAGUGCUUCAAAAUCCAAGCGGCCAAGUUAGUGGACCGUGCGGCGAGGAUGGACUCCCUUCCGAUCAUCGACGGCAUCAGCCUCGUCAGCAGGCCGGAAGCCCAAAGGGCUUUCCCCUCAUCUCUCCCCGAAGGCGACUUGAACUCUCUCGAGUCGGAUCAAGUGGAUAAGUAUCUCCAAUUAGCUACUUCUAAGUUGAUACAGACACACCGAGUGAUCAUCUCGCCGACCAACGUCGGUGCCGACAUGGGACGCUCAAUGAACGAGGCUAGGAGCAAACUUAAGAAGAUGAUCGGACCUAUCAUCGCUGGCGUCGCAAUUAAGGGAGGAUUCUUGGCCAUCGCAUUCCAAGCCAUCGCUUUGAUUGCCGGCAAGGCUCUGCUUAUUGGUAAGAUUGCGCUGCUGCUGUCGGCGAUCAUCGGCUUGAAGAAACUGGUUUCAGGAGGAGAGGCACACGAGAAAACCACGUACGAGAUCGUGAAACAUCCGCAGGUCAGCCACAGUCAGACUUAUUCGUCGUCUCAUUAUGGUAAUGACUUUGACACCACCGGCCCCGGCGGCCACUACAGGAGGAGCGUGGAAGACGAAGCCGCCGCCCAAGACAGGGCUUACAGAGCUUAUGCCAAGAAACAGUAAGAAAGAAGGCUCGCGACUCUUUAAGCAAAAUUAUGACAACGACUCGGCCCUCCGUUUAACCAAAACAGAAAUAAGUUUUGGCCUUUUGCGGUAGCAAUAGGAAGCAAAGAUUUAUUAACAUUACGUUAAUUUUAUUUAUUGAUCAUUUUUAUGACGACACUGGGACCGUAACAUUUAAGGUUAUUUAUUUGCUAAUUAAUUCAGAUGUUACGUACAUCUCAUGCUUAAUCCAAAUAUUUAAUGGCAUUGAUAAUAAUAAACAUAUUAACAUUAUUAUGUAAAUAAGUAAUAAUAUGUGAAUAUUAAUUGAUGUAUAUGUAUUUAUCUAUUGCGAUGCAAUAAAGUACUUUGUAACCAAAUGCACCAAAUAUAAUAGGUAAUUAUUAACGUUUUGAAUAUUUCGAUUGACUAUUAUUAAUUUAUUGUAUACUAUUAAUAGAUGUAACGUAGGCUAGUCGACGGGUAUUGUGCAUUUCUGUUCUCACGUUCAAGUGUCCAAUUUUGUAAAAAAUAGAUUAAGAUUAGAUAGUUACUUAUUUAUAAAGGUGCUGUUUAAGAUAGGUAGAUAGAAUAAUACAUUUUUCCAUUUAUUUAUUUAAUCUAUAUCUAUUUAUAUAUUGUCGUGCAUAAACGGCAAGGUGGUUACGCGAGUACCUUUUAACAUUGAAUAUUUAUAUACAAAAUAAUAAUGUAUACUUAUAAUAACGCUAUAAAUAAUGUUAAUUAAUAAUUAUUAUAGCAUAAUAAUAAGUAUUUGAUGAUGAAAAAUAUUCUAAGCAAAAGAACAACAAGAUUGAAAAAAGACUAUUAAAU